AGGGUUAAAAUGGUUUCCGUGGGAUUGCAACUUCUGGCCUACACCCUGUCCGUACUGGGUUGGGUGGGAACAAUUAUAGUCUGUGCUUUGCCAAUGUGGAGGGUCUCGGCGUUCAUCGGCAGCAGCAUCGUGACGGCUCAAAUCUACUGGGAGGGGAUCUGGAUGAGCUGUGUGGUAGAAAGCACUGGGCAGAUGCAAUGCAAAGUGUACGACUCCAUGUUGGCUCUGAGCCCUGACCUGCAGGCUGCUCGCGCUCUCAUGGUGGUCUCUAUCGUGGUUGGCGUUCUCGGGCUUCUCGUGGCGGUCGCCUCAGCCAAGUGCACCAACUUCAUCAGAGAGGAUUCUAGCAAGGCAAAGGUCUGCAUUGCAGCCGGAGUGUUACUCAUCAUCACCGGCCUCCUAUGCCUGAUCCCUGUGUCCUGGACCGCCAGUGCCAUCAUAUCCGAAUUCUACAAUCCUCUCGUCGCUGACGCCCAACGUCGGGAGCUGGGGGCCUCCCUGUAUAUUGGUUGGGGAGCUGGCGCACUUUUGCUUCUUGGUGGGGGGAUUCUCUGCAGUUCCUGUCCCCCAAAAGAGGAUGGAAGUUCUGUCAGAUAUAACUACACCAAGGGGUCAAACAAAGCAGAAUCCGUGGCGAGUCGUUCACUCUCCCUGUCCAAGACUUAUAUAUGA